CGUGGAAGAAUUCAUGUGGUGUUCAGAAAAUUUCCGCAAAUUUGUAGCAGUAAUAUAGAAAAUAAAAACCUUAUAUUUGCUGUGUAUUGUACAGAUAAAACUGUGCGGCAAAUAGUUCUCUAUAUAAAACAUUUGUUUAACCCAAUUGGUGCUGUGUUUUGUGCAUAACUUUUGAAAUUAAAGUUUGCUUGGGAGUGUGGAGAUUUUUUUUCAACUGCAGUGAAAAAAUUAGAGAUAUCAAAAAUGAGUGAAUUUGCUGGAUCACAAUCCAAUUUAAACCAAUCACAAGCGUUUGCUGCUGCUUUACAACGAGCUAAGCAGAUUGCCGCAAAAAUACAACCAAAUACCGCCCAGGGUAGCGGAAGUGUACCUAGCGCUGGGCCCCCCGCUGGUCCACCAGCUAACGUUGGAUUUAAGCGUUCUCAUGAAGACGGCGAUUCGGGUCCCGAAAUGAAACGCUUCACUAGUCCUACCAAUGACUACAAUAAUUCUAACGGCAGUAGCGUUGGUGGUGGUGGCGGAAGUAAUCCUGGCUCAACCAAUAUUUCGCAAGCAUUGGCACAAGCUACAGCAGUUGCGCAGCGUCUCGCGGCUACAGCUGGCACUACAGUAGAAGAGCAAAUACGUAUUCCAGAGUCGCUUGUAAACUCGGUGCUGGGACGUGGCAGUACAGAAACUAUAACUCAAAUUCAGGGUGAAUCUGGCUGCAAAGUACAACUAUCGCAAGAUCAAGAUCGAGUCGUAACACUACGUGGCUCACGUGAAACUGUAACGAAAGGACGUGAGCUUUUCCAGCAAUUGUCUAAUCGCAAUGGAGGGGGCAAUAUUGAAGUGGUUUUGACAAUUAAUAUGCCGCCGCCUGGCCCGACCGGUUUCCCUCCAUACCAAGAAAUUAUGAUACCUGGAACAAAAGUAGGUUUGGUAAUUGGCAAAGGCGGUGAUACCAUUAAACAGUUGCAAGAGAAGACCGGCGCUAAAAUGGUAAUCAUACAGGAUGGACCAAAUCAGGAAAUAAUUAAACCACUGCGCAUCUCAGGAGAUCCACAAAAGAUUGAACAUGCCAAGCAAGCAGUAUUAGAUUUAAUAGCGCAGAAAGAUUUGCAGGCAGCAGCACUCGCUGCACGCAAUAACGGUGGUAGUGUGCAAGGCAGUGGUGGUGGUAGUGGUGGCUAUAAUUUCGGCAACACAGGAGAACAGUGCGAAGUAUUUGUACCAAAAAUAGCCGUAGGUGUGGUAAUUGGCAAAGGCGGCGAUAUGAUUCGCAAAAUACAAACUGAAUGCGGCUGCAAGCUGCAAUUCAUACAAGGCAAGAAUGAUGAACCAGGCGAUAGAAGAUGCCUCAUACAAGGUACACGGCAGCAGGUUGAUGACGCUAAACGUAUGAUUGACGGUCUUAUUGAGAAUAUGAUGCAACGACAACAACGCAACGCCAAUAGUAAUAACAAUAGUAAUGGCAAUAUGGAGGGCAACAAUUCCAAUUACGGUUACGGCUAUGGCGUAAAUCACGCGCAACAGCCACCACGUGAAGAAAUCACAUUUAUGGUUCCUUCAUCGAAAUGCGGCAUCGUAAUCGGUCGUGGUGGUGAAACAAUAAAGCUAAUAAAUCAGCAAUCCGGCGCUUAUUGUGAAAUGGAUCGCAAUGCGGUCAAUCCACCAUCUGAAAAGUUAUUCAAAUGUAAGGGUACUUCGGAACAAGUAGAAGCAGCUCGCCAAAUGAUAGCCGAAAAGAUCAAUAUGGAGUUGCCAAUUAUUUCACGUAAGCCUAUUAGCGGCAAUAUUCCAGGGCAGCAUAACAACCAAGGUGGUUAUGGCCAAAAUCCAAUGCAAAAUGAUCCAAAUGCCGCUGCAGCUGCUUAUCAACAACAAUGGGGCGGUUAUGCUCAAGGUUGGGGCGAUCAAAGUCAGCAGCAACAAAUGAUGAUGGGUGGGGCCGCUAUGGGUCAAAAUGCACCGGCAGCUGGUGGUGGACAACAAGCAGAUUACUCAGCUCAGUGGAUCGAAUAUUACAAAUCAAUGGGCAUGAUGCGCGAAGCCGAAAUGAUAGAACAGCAAUUGAAAGCGAAACAGGGCGGUGGAAAUCCGGGUCAACCAAUGGGUGGUGCAGGUGGCAUGCCACAACAGCAACAGGCGCAACCACAACCGCAACAACAACCACAGCAGCAGCAGCCUCAACAACAACAAGCACAGCAAGGAGGCGGAACCGCAGAUUAUAGCGCCCAAUGGGCUGAAUAUUACCGCAGUAUAGGGAAGAUUGCCGAAGCCGAAGCUAUUGAGAAGCAAAUGAAGCAGGGCCAGAAUGGACAGGCAAAUGCUGUUGGAGCUGCGAGUGCGAGUAACAACGCAGCAGCGGGCAACAAUAGCAGUAGCGGCAACAAUAGUGGUGCCGGCACUACUAAUAACCCCGCCGAUGGCGGCAACAAUGCGGCGUUACAAGGUAUGACACCUAGUCAAUAUGCACAGUAUUCGCAAUAUUAUGCUGCAGCUGCUGCCCAAGCAAGCCAGGCGGCAGGAGGCGCUGCACCCGGCUAUCCACAACAAGCGGCAUAUGGGGGCUAUGGCGCACCUGGAGGUGGAUAUCCAGGCGCGCCACAACCCAACAUGACGCCUGGUAACAUGGGUGGUGGCCCAAAUGCCGCCAAUCAAAACAAACAAAACAAAGGCGACAAGAAUUAAAGUUUUUUUAGUAUAAAUAUCGUAUAUGAGUGAAGAGGAGUAGCAGAACAAGCGACCGUGUGUAGGUGUAGCAGAAGUACCGAUGUACAAUACGUUGGAAACGAAGCAGAUACAUUGGAGGUCACAAAUGUCUCAAUUACUUCUACUACUACUACUACUCCUUAUCACUCACAGUAUCUGUGAGAAUGUGUUGGCGUGUGCGAGAUGGGUUACAUUUAAUAUUUAAACAUAAAUUUCUAGUUUGUAAGCAUUAUUCGUAGGAGCAUCAGCACUAAAACGAAAGUAAAUGCUGCAAUAACGCGGUUAUAGAUCUUUAGCAAAUGAGAAAAAUAUGAGAUUUGAGUGCAUAAUUCAUGAUGAAAUACGACAAAUAAAAAACAAAAAACUUACAAGAGCCAAAUGCAAUUGGACGUAAUUAAAGUGGCGAACAAGUUAAAACUUUUAGCGCACCAACAACAGUAAUCAUUUCUGCGUUAUUACUUGUUAAAUUGUUGUUUUAGAUUAUACAAAAUUACAAAACAAACGAACAACGCAAAACCAACUAAAAGUUUUUGAGUGUUUUCUUAAAUAUAUCCAAUUAUGAUGAAGGAAGAAGUGUUUAAUUAAAAUUCAAAAAAAAAAAAAUUAAAAGUUCGAUAAGCAUAGUUUUAGCUAAAUAAAAAUAUGGAAAGUAACGUUUUAGUGAACUAUGAACGCUCAUAAUUUUUUCCACAAAUCUCGUAUGAAAACUAAAACAAAAUAAAAUUGUAUAAUGUAACCUGGUUAUACAGUAGAACAAGUAAUUAUAAUACGUGGCUGAGAAACCAACCCGAAUUAACGUUUUAACUUUUUAUAUUACCUGCAAAACCAAACAUAAAAACAAGAAAAAUAUAAUCUAUUUGAAUAUAAACUAAAAAAAGCGAUUUCCAAUGUUCUUCCAACUGCUCCACCAUAACAACAGCAACGAGAAGUAACAAAAUCUGCAUUCCACUCGUAAUGUAAGUGGCACAGGGAAGCAAAAACUGGGUUGCCUAAAUACGUAAUGCCACACAACUACAAGAACCAAAUUGCUGUACGCGCCACGCAAACAUCGAACUUGGCUUCCAACAGACGUUUGUUUCAUGCCAUACUUCAUGUCAUUCAGUUCAUACCGGCGUAGCAGUUCAGAAACACACAAAAAGUAGAAAAAAUGAAAUUAGCUGCGUGUGGUAAGCUUGGACUUAUUGCAAUAAUGAUUGAUUGUUUGAUUAUAAAUUUACUUAUACUUACAUACUGUCUAAUACAUACAAACAUAUAUUUUAUAAAAUUUCUCCGCGUGAAGAUGUGUGUUUAUUAUAUUCUUAAAACAAUAUGAAAUGUUUUCUAAUAAUUUUAUUAUUCAUUGCCUAAAUGCGUCAUUACCAUUUUGCGAAUGAAAUAUGUCUCUGUUAAUUUUCAUAAAUAUUGAAACAUGCAAAUUACCAUAUAUGUACAAUAUAUUAUAAGAAAUUCAAUAUUUAAUGUCAACAUAAAGCCUAUAUACAUACAUAUAUAAUACAUAUAUGUACAUAUGUAUACGUAUAUAUUAAAACCUUUGAAUAUUUCAACUAAUUUACGGUAAACAUUAUAUUGUAGCGGGUUAUUUAAGUGCAACAAGCAAAAAUGAGGAAAAUUGAUAAGGCAAAAGAAAAAUACGCGCACCAGCAACACAUUUGUUGGCAAGUUUACAUGCUAAUUUUGGUCAAGUAGAAGACUCUCAGCUCCAGAGAAAAAAACUAUUUCUUUUUUGAUUUUGACUUAAUUAUUUAUUUUAAUAUAUUUUGUUUUUUAACUUUUAAUUAAUAUAUACUUUAUGCAUAUAUCUAUAUAUAAACACUCUUGAUUUCCCUCUUUCUGCAUUGUAAUUUCAGUUAUAUUUUUUUUUUUUGUUUGGGUAAAAGCGACUGCAAGUGUUGAAGUUGUCUAGCGCCUGUGCGACAAAAAUGAAUAGAAUUGUUUAAUUUUUAUAUUCGCUUAGUGUAUCAACAGAAGUGUAGCAUUGAAAUUUGAACGAACCGUUUCUUUUCAGUUCGCUUAGGAAAAUGAACACUAAAUUCAAACAGAUAAAAGUCUGUAACAACCGAAAUGUUGUAUUUUUGUGCUCACUUGACCGAUCACCAAAGUGUUUAUCUUGUGAGGAAAACUUCAAUAUAUCACCACGUGGAGACUAUGCGAUUGAAGCACCUCAAUUAAGUGAUUGGUCAUACAGUAAAGGCUUUGAAAGCAAGGAAAGAAGUGAUUAUCAUACGCAGAUCUAAACCAUCACUAGCUAAAAUUAGAUAUUUCUACUUUCCUCCAAAUUAGCUACUUUGCUCAAAGGUGGAAACACGGAACCCCUUCCUUUUGCUGCAUAUUCAGCAAUAGUACUUAAAAAUCAACCAAGCAAGUAGCGUUCUAUGUUUCCUUCGCCUGUAAGUAUGCAAACUUUCGACUACCUGCAAUCUUUUUCGUUCGCUUAGCACAUUUCUGCUCUUCUCAAACGGCUUAUUUAAUGAUAUAUCGUAAACGUGCACUGCUUGCAUACUACAAUUAUGCUGAUAUGAUUUCCUUUUAAACGCAAGCAACUUGUCGAAGUUAACCGCAAGACUCAAUGUUUUUCGUUAAAUGGUAAUUUGCGCCAACAUAUGCGGUGUGCUGUAAAACUUCAAUAAAUAAAUUCGCAAUAGGCAAGUACUUUCCUCACAUAACCUCACAUUUUUUGCUAAAGUAAUUAGGGUUGUUUUAGCAAUUUAAAUCACUUGCUGAAAUAUUUUGGGAAGUACUGCUGAAUAUAAUUUCCCCAGCGAGUUAUGGUGGAGAACGAACAAAUUUUAUAUAUCGUCGUUAGACAUUUUAGGCGAGAAUGAAUAGUGAAGUUGAAUGGUAUUGUAGAAGGUUGCAAUUCGGUUUCGAAAUUAAUUACUUCUAGUAAAUUAUUACUACAGCUUCACUGCGAAGUAUCCGAAAAUAUCCGUCAAAAUGAAAAUAUAAGAAACCCCUGCAUUUCUAUAGCGCAUCUACCCUACCUACAUAGACAAGAAACAUUUUGGAGUUAACCAAAUAAAUCGGCUUCUUGGCUCUCGGGUUUAGGUGGCAAUAAAAAGGCUGGGAGGAUAUCCUGCUGCAAAAUAUUUUAGCAAAAAUUCAUAUUAGUUGCACAAGGAAGUUCAUCGUUGUCUGAGGUGGACUUUAGCGCAUAUUUUCUAUAUUUUCUGUCUUGAAGAGCUAUAGCAGAGUUGGUAAGGCUCAAGACAUGACAAAGUGGCAUACAUACAAACCAUGCAUAAAACUGUUGACGUUGUGUGAGCUAUGUACAUUAUUAUUGAUGCUGCAGCGUUUUAGGAUGCUUUAGCCAUUGGGAAUUUACUCGAAUUUUACUCUCCAGUUUUUGUAUUGUGGGUCAGUAUGAAAAUAGGUAAAUUGCUUUUUGUGAUUUUUAAAUGUAUCCAACUGUUUAUAUACAUAACUUCAAAUUUCGUUUAUUUAUUAGCAACAUUUAAACAAAAUGUAUGCAAAAUUAAAAAAAAAAAAGUAAUGGUAGAUAUGAAUUCGUCACACUGAUUUGUAUGAUAUAUUUGCUGAUAACAUUUUUCAUUAUUUCAAAACCGCAAUAUAAACUAUGAAAUGUUAGCUUUACUAAUUUCUUUAUAUCUUUUUUUUUUUUUAUAUGUACAUAAAUGACCGAUCGACUAUGUUUUGCCCACCUUCCGCACGUUAAACCUUCGGGUCAUUCGAAUGGUCGGGCGAUCGAUCUUAUACUUAAAGAAAGCUAGGAAAAAAGAAACAAUGCGGUUCUUAUAUAGCAUUUUAUGGUAAGAUUCAAUACAUUGCUAUUUGUGGGUUGAAAAAUUUACUGUCAAAAUAAAAAUAUACAAUAUAUACAAAAUUUAUGCAAUUUUUCAUAUACCAAGUAUAUGUAACAUAUUUUUAUGAAAUUAAAAUUUUUUUAUUAACAUAUGUACAUGAUUGUGCAUAUUUCUUAAUACUUUUAAACAAUGUUUCGCUAUAUACUAUUGUGCGUAAAUCGGUAUAUACAUAUAUAUAUAUAUAUAUUUACAUUCAUAUAACUGAACUGUUUAUACUUUUCUAGUAAGUUGGACGCAGUGUAUGUGCUCCCAAACCAUUUUGACCUGCAUACAUACGUACAUACAAGCAUUUGUCUAUCUCUAUAUACGAUGUUACUUGCAUAUACAUAAAUCUAUUUCCAGUGCCACAGUUUCUUUAAACAGCUAAGAGCCUGCAGCGAAUAAUAACUUCUAGUAUUCAAGUACAAGUAGUACUUACCACCCACCCACCAUACCAACCUACUUCCUACAAACGUAUGUACAAUACAAAACAGCAGUAAAUCACUUCCCAAAUAUGGUAAGCUGCUCUGCAAAAUACCGUUGAAAUUGUCACCACGUAUGUACAUACUAUGUAUUUUGUAAAUUUCAAAACAUAUCUUUUAAAUGCUGAUUACGCUAUAUACAUAAAUUUUUUAAACAAAAAUUCAUAUACCUAUAUAAAGCUUUAUAAGUGUCCUUUAUUUGUUUUGACUAUUGACCCUCCAUUUGAUUUUUGCUCAUUUAUACAUUCUAUUAUUAUUAUUCUUAUUUACAAACAUGCAUAUGCGCAUGUUAAAAUACAAAAAAAAAAACAAAAAAAAAAUAUGCGCGCGAGAGUCUAAUUAAAAUGUUGCAACAUUUUAAAUGACCGAAAUAGACAUAUAAAAUAUUUAUUAAAAAAGAAAAACAGAGAAAUACGUAUAUUUAAACAUUUACUAAUUAAUAUAUGAACGGCACUUAAACGAAACAAAAUGUUUGUUUUGCUUAGAGAAUCACAAACAAAAAAUAAUAAUUCAUAAUUUUAAGGCUUAUAUAGAAAUGGCAAAAAACCCCAAUAAAAGUCACUUUUAGCAUAGAGUUACAAAUUCGUACGAAGAAUGCAAUUGUUUUUGUCAGCGAAAAGAAUAACAACAAAUAACAAAAAAAUAUAUAUAUAUUAAAAAUAAAACAAAAACGAACGCAAUUAAAAAAUGCAGUUACAAAAAUCCAACAUGGAUUUGAAACAAAACACAGAAAUAAACUUUAAUAAAGCAUUGAUUUAUUUAACACCCAAAAUCAAAAUAUAUUUAUACAAUUUUCAAAUAUGAAAAUUUUAUGAAAUAUAUAAAUGCGUAUCCACAUGUGUAUUAUUCAGUUUUGUCUACCAUACUUUCAGCGUUUUGUGCAUAGGCAGUAAGAAGAAGAGCAGGACAGCAGUUACUUGUUGACAGAAGGGGAGAAAGAGGGGGCGACAAACGUAUGACAGUCAGUCAGUUGAUCGAUGAUGAUCGUUGCAGGCUGGGCAGUGGAGUGUGGAGUGUGCACCUCGGGCGUCGCAUAUUCACAGAUAUCUAGCAGUUGGUCAUGUAGUAUGUGUGGUUUUGUUGCGGGUGUAUGUGCGUGCGUGUAUUGAUUUUAGAUUUUCGAUCAAAGCUUUAGGUUUGUUUAUUCUAUAUUACAUGCAUAUACAUUUAUAUAUGGAUAUAUAAUUUUUCUUAGAAAUUUUAUAAUUACUUUUUAUUUCACUAUAUUGACUGUAAUGAAAUAUGCGCAUAACUCUACCAACAUACCUACGUACGUACGUACUUACAUGCAUACAUAAUUUUAUCAUAACUCCGAUUGUUUAUAUACAUACAUAUAUAAUUUCUUGCUAUACCCAAUGUAAUAAUGAAAUUUUCGCUAUAUUUAUAUGUAUAUGUAUAUAUAAAUAUUUCUCGUAGUUUUUGCUGCUGAGGCUGCUGUUGCAACUGCUGCCGCCAUGAUGCGCAACAUUUUCCUGCAUUAAGCCUUUCACACAUUGCUCCCCUUCCUCCUCUACUGUGUGGGCGCGACAGUCUGCAGAGACAUGUAUGUAUGCGUGUGUGUAUGUCAGCCAUACAAGUAGGUGUCAGCAGCAAAGUGAGCGAGCGCAAAUGCACGUACAUUUCUCAUUUUUACAUGCUAUUUAUAAAUAUUUGAAAAAUAUUAUACAGUAGAUUCUGUUUUUAUGCGGUUUUGAAAUAGUGCGGUUUUCUUUUUAAUUAAAAAAUGCAUGUCCACCUAUCGGGAAUUGUACAUAUAAACAAGAUUCUAAACCAGCUAAGCAAAAACUCAUCACAGAUUAUAUCAAAAAUGCUAACCCUACAAGUAUGGAACCGCCUGCAUCACCAUCCAGAUCAGACGUGUACAUUUCCUCAAGUGAUGGAAGUGAUUUUACGCCAAAUCCUAAACGAAUGCGCAACAUGCGGGUAUUGUCUGAUUCCAUUUCUGACGAUGUAAAUUUAUUUUUCGAUUCUGACGUUUCUUAAAUAAAGAUAUAAUUUUCAAAAAUACAAUUUUUUGUUUAUGCGAUUUUAUUUAAUUAUUUCAGAUUCAUGCAGUCUAUAGAGAACGUAUCUAUAGUUAUAAUAUGGGACUAGUACUCUUUUUUUUUUAUGCGAUUUUAUUACAUUAUUUCAGAUUUAUGCGGUUCUUAGCACUUUUGAAACGUAUCUAUAGUUUUUCUAUAGAACUGGUAGCUUUUUUUAUGCUGUUUCUUGCGGAACGUAUAUACCGCAUAAAAACAGAAUCUACUGUAUUUACCUUUUUUUUGUGUACAUUGAUAUGUAAUUAUAUUUGGCUAUUUUUAAGCAUUCGUUGUUAGCCUAAAAGAUUAUGCAGAGUUGUAGUGGAGGUUGGAUAGUAUCAUAGUUGCGCAGUGACUUAAUUUUCGAGAGAAACUAUAAAAAAAUAGCGUACUGAGAAGAAGGUUUCAAAAUAGCCAGCUUUAGAAAUCCUAGAUUGGUGGGUAGGCAUGCACAGAAGAUAAUUGGAAAGAGAAUAUGAAAAAAAAAAUGUAACCAAACAUCUACAAUGGCAUCAUCAACCGUUUUUUCCAAAAUUUACUGAGAACCACGGAGUAACAGCACCGCGGUGUGCAUCUAACUGCUGUCGUCUGGAUAUGGAAGCACGUUAAAGUCCUACUUAUCCAAGGGGUGAGGUUUAGCGCACUAGACAGUGCUAGUUUAUAGAGACUCUUACCAUCUUUCUAAACUCCCGAUUUCCGAAUGUAAUUUUUGGGGUACAACCACUACCCAUUGCAGACGAAAAUUUUAAACUGCAUCGUGGGACCAGCGUGACUUUGGCACAAUUACGUUCUGGAUACUGUAGCAGGUUAAACUACUACCUAUACAGAAUCCACCCCGAAGGUACUUCACACGAUAAUAUCCACCUGUUUAAGUGACCUCUUAAACUCACUCUCGCUAAAAGUCCCCUCCUUAUGGACCCAACAGCAACAACUACUUAUCUAAAAUUGGCCUAGGCAUACUCAUAUGAAGGUAGCCUGCACGACACUAACCACUUCUUCACAUAUCCCCUUUCCCUCUGGAUUCGAAACCGAGUGAUUUCUGAGCCUUAGUUGAUAUAGGCAACGACGAUCGAUGACUUGACUGGGCUUGGAUGGGUUUUGUAAACUGCUACAACAAUAACAACAACCGCAUUAUGCAAAACCUUCUGUAUUCUUAGCUGUAUUAAGUAUUUAACUUUUUGAUGGUUUAAAUAGGCAAAUCAGUAGUAUGUGAAAAAGUUGCCAGAGCAAAUUUUUAAUUCAAUUUGCUCGGUUUUUCAAUCGAAUCAACAAUCAAUAUGUUUUUCCGUCACUUUCUAUUUGAGUAGGUAUUUGUUUAAUGAGUAUUGAUGAGAAUGAACAAAAUAUUGCAAAAAACUUUAAAAUCGAAAAUGUUAAAAAACAAUAUAUCGAAAGUUGGUCUUUGUUUUUGAGAAUAACUAAUCUAAAUGCCCUACUCUCAUAGGUAGAUUUUAUUUUUUAUUUAUUUAUUUAUUUUUUUUUCGGAAUCUUGCUUCGAAUCCUUAUCUCCAUAGUGCUGGCAUUUCGCACGUUUUUAAUCAAUUUUUGGGACUCCUGAUUUAGAUACAAGCCAUAGAUUUCUUGAAUCGUGAUAAAAUAGCAGUCAUUGGCCAUAUCUCUGCAAAAAAAUUGCAAUUCAUUGCAUGAAGCAGAUUAAAAAAAUAAAUAUCUCAAGUGAAGUAAGAAAAACUCAUUAGUUCCUAAAAGAAAGAAACUCGCAAUCCUAGUCACCCACAAAUACGAAAAAACUCAAAAAAGAAAAACAAUUUUUCGCACAUAAAAAUAAAAUUAAAAUUUGUUUCGCACAUAAAAAUGCAUUCAUUCAUUAAUCAAUCCUUUAGUCCCUUCAAAAUAUUCCUCCAUAUAUGUAGAUAUAACAUAACUCCAUUUGUGCCAGUGUUUUUUCCAAUCCCCGAAGCACUUUUACAUGGUUUUGCGCUCUUCUCGAGCUGUUGUCUUAGUCUCCUCUAUCGAAGCGUAUCUUGUUACUUUCUUUUUAGUUUAAGGUCCAGGAAGAAGAAAACCAAGUCCUAAGCUUUUCCUAUAGCUCAACGCAACAGCGUAUUUCCGUAACCUACCUUUCUUUUUUAUUACAAUAAUUUUUUGUUUUUUUAACAAAUCUCGUAUAUCUCACUAAGAAUGAGCGGAAAUUAGUUUUCGAAAAUAAUUAUUACGAACACAAAAAUUUUCUAAGACAUUUGGGUCUGUUAGAUCUUUACUAAGGUUGCACAAUGGAAGCUGCUGCUCUUGGGAAGGCAAUUCUGCAUAUUUAGUUUUAAGAUCUUAUAUUUUACAGCCGCAUUGGGGUACACAAAAAUGGUAAAAGCUCAACAGGAAUUAAAAUGAUGCGAGACGCUAAAAAAAGGAGUCAUCUUUUAACGGAAAUGGGAAGUAAUCAUAACGGUAUAGUAAGCUUAUAGAGUACAACUACGAGCCUCAGCUCCGCUUAGUAAGUAUGUAACCGGCAGGGGCUGAAAGAAGACAAAAUGUUUAACAAAAUUUGCUAUACAUAAAUGAAAAUCGUCAACAGUUUCGCAAUCAAAUAAAUGAAUUUGAGCGCAAUAUUUCCAUAAUUUUUAAAAUGGCAUAUUAUUGAUUGUCGUUAGCUAUAUUAUAACUGCAUAUUGUUUUAAAAUGAAAAUAUAUGUAUUAAAAAUUGUUUGCUGACUUCCUGAUAUGCAACUCACCUUUUCUCUAAUAUGUGUACUUUCAGGAUGUCGUGCACACGCAUACACACACUUUAGCACAUCCACCGAUCGAAUCGCUUUGGUUCUUGAAUUACCUAUCAACUGAUUUAGAAUAAAACCGCCUAUCUUAUCUUUCACAUUUUAAAUUUUCAAAUAAUGCAUUGUAUAUUUUCUUCACAAAUAUGUACUAGACGAACAAAAAUUGAUGGAUAAAUUUCUUCAAAUUUUUAUAAUUGAUUAUAUUUGACUAUGAAGAUUGAAGUUAUCAAAUUUCGUAUUUCGUAUCUCUUUCAGCAAGCGCACACACGCAUGCUCAAACGUAUUUGUUUUUUGACCACCUCCUUCCAUGCAAUACUCGCACAACAUCCUAGGCUUGUGUGUGUGUGGGCGUUCCGUAGAUUUUUCAGUUUGUGUGAUGCUGAUCGUAGGAUGUCUGUACAAUGAAGACUAAACGAAAGGCAAAAAAAAAAAUUAUUAAUCUACUAAGAGCAAAAGAUAUGCAAAAAUGUGAGGCAUCGUUUUUUUGAGUUCUUGAAAAUCAGGUAAUUUUAUUUUCAAUUGUGAUUUGAUUUUAUGUCAACAUUUCAACUAUGUACAUUUGUAAAUUUGAUAUACAUAUUCAACAUGUUUAUAAGCAAAAAAAUGAGGAUAUGCCGAUUGUAGUGUAGAAAAUCUUAUUCCAUAGAUAGAUGAAUUUGCAUGGGACCGCUUUAACUAUUUUGCCUUAAAUAAAUAACUCUGAUGGCUUAAUUCGAUGACGUAUUACAGAAACUACCAAAACAAAUUGAAGAUUUUGAAUUAAUUUUUCAAUAUCUCGCUUGGAUUUUGAGAUAUAAACAACGGUAUGUCCACCUAACGCUUAUUUGUAAUAGCCUAAAGUAGUCGAGAUAUAGUAAAUCGUUUUCCCAUAAGAGGUGUUAUUUUAAUAUUCAAAGAUCGGAUGUUUAUUUCAUUAUAAAGAGGAAGGUAUGCCGUUAAUAGUGGAAAAUAACAUCAGGCAAAUGACCACCACGACCACGCUUACAGGACAAUAUCCUUUUCAUGAAAUUUUCUAUAACCGAAUUGCAAAGUGGCUGCCCUAUGUCCUCGAUAGCCUCACGAAUUCCAUUUUUUGAGGUCUUGAAUCGACCCUGGGCUGUUAGUGUAGAUCUUCCCUUUCACGUGGCCCCAAAGAAAAAAGUCACAAGGUGUUAAAUCACAAGAUCUCGGUGGCCAAUUGUAAUCACCUCUUCGAGAGAUAACACGGUCCGGAAACAUUCCCCGUAAGAGAUCAAUGGUGUCGUUGCUUGUGUGGCACAUAGCGCCGUCUUGAUGAAAAUACACGCUGUCCAGAUCAAUACCAUUUAAUUGCGGCCAUAAAAAAUCGUUAAUAAUCUCUCGAUAGCGUAAUCCAUUUCAAAAUAACAACUGUUAUUGAAAACCCCUUUAGAUGCAGACACAAACGCACGAUAUGCAGAAUGCAGAGGUUCGGCCAACAGCAUCAGACUGUUAACCGGCUCUCAGCGAUUUUGAAGGAAUCAGCUGAUUUGCUGACGUAACCGGGGCUAUGGCAUUGGUUUAUUUACAACAAAACUGAGAGUGUGGUGGUAAUAUAAGAAAAAAUGAACUCAGCCUACGCUUAUGCUACUUCGUUAUUCGUCUGAACACCGUUUGAUUGGACGAAUGUAUGAAUGCGUGUGAAAUGAGCGGGCAAAAUUCUGCCGCCGAAUCCCCGAAGUUACUUUCACAAUUUUGCCUUGGUUGGCCAAACCUGCAAAUAUAUCAGAUUGUUCAGAAUGUCUAGAGAUAACCAUGUUUGCCUGUUUCCUCUAGUGAAAACUUUUAUAUCUCGGCUUACAAAUUACCCUUGGUCUAAGGUAAAUCGGUAUUAAAAAUGAGCAAAUACAAGAAAUACAAUAUUCUUGUAAUUAGUAAAAAGUGCCCUUCGUUGCACCCGAGUCGGGUCAGACUUUGGAGGUGAAUUUAACAUUUUUCUAUUAUCGCUAAUGACUUGAGCUUCCAGGUAAUUUCCUAAAAUUUAAUUUUCUAUCGAUUUAUGGAUAUAAGCUUUUAAAAAGGACCCUCGAACAGGACGAAAAAAGGUCAGACCUGGGUGCCCAACCGAAGGUUUUAUGAAACUAUCAAACGAAGUAUAAUAUGCGAGCAUACAUUGAGUUUGAAAGAUUAUGGGAGCAUCCCCACCUGUCAGACUAAUCUUUUGUUUUUUCAUUUCCUUCCGUCUUGUUGUUUGUAGAAUUUGAGAAAUGUGAAUUGUAAUUAAGGGCUCCACCUACAACCCAGCAUUAUCUUAGGUUUACUAAGGGAAUUUGGUUUGGAUCAGGUACCGUGAUGAGUAGAGGGAACUAAGUACCACGAGGUCGAAGUGCAAACCUCAUUUUCAUUCGGGGUACUGCUUGCUUUCAAGUAAAUUGGCUUGCAUUUUUGAAAUUAAUCCAUACGACCCCCAACGUGAUUGUCUGAGAGCAAAUAAACUUCAUAUGUCAUUCUGGCCGUCUAUAUGCUUGUUUGAGUUUAUUAUAUUGUAAUGAAAAUUUAAAGAUUUCUAUCUAAGCUCAAAUAAAUCACAGUUGGUUAAUAUUAGGAAUGCUCGUAGGCCGCAUUGGCCAGCAGCCAUGCAACCUUUCAUGCAACAGAAAUCUUAAUUUGGUAUAUAAAUGCAGAUAAAGAAAUGUAAUCUAGGUCUAUGCAUAAACAUAAAUAUUAAAUUUGAAUUUUUUAGAAAAAAAAAACACGCCCUCAGACUUUUUAUAUGUGCAUAUAUACAGUGAUGUGCGAUAAAAUAGAGCCACACCCUUCUUGUCACUUUCUAAGUUUCAAUAACUAACUAGUUUACUAAUCAUAUGCAAUCAUUCUGAAAAGAAAUUGCGCUUUAAUAUUUUAAAUACCAAACGGGUGUGUGUUGAAAUAGGACCAAAUAACAAUAAAAGUUUUAUUUCAAGCUAAAUUCAUUUUGGAUUCUUUAUUAUAAUUUUCGGUCGAACUCUUAAAUUUUUUUUUUAUCAAAAAUAAGUUAUAAUUUCAUUGGAUGAUACGUAAUAUUUUUUUUAUUAUUUUUUUUUUUUUUAUUAAAUCAUGUAUUGUUAUGAAAAUGUCAAAAGUCAAAUUUUAACUUAACAGAGAAGAAAAUAUUGAACGCAAAAACGAAAUUGCGCUAGAGUCCGGCUUGACACCUAAAAGUACACGGCGGAAACUAAUAUUUUUAACUAAUAUAGAAAGAUGGGUAUGUUAAUUAUAAUACUAAAAUCGAGUAGCUGGAGGUAAAAUUUUACUGAGAUAUUUACAUCAGACAUCAAACAUAGAAAAAUAAUUGUAAUAGUUGAGUUCUGCACGAAGAUGAUGGAAAGUGCCGCCAAAUGUAAUUAAUAUACGACCAGCAAAGCAGCUGCUACUUUGCAAGAGCGAAUUCUGCGUUUCGUUAAAAAUUAGUCUUCUGUGAGGUCUUUGAUUCUCAAAAAACAGUAAAAUUCUGUAAAGUCUGUUACCUUAAAAUCUGUGGUUCUAAAAAUGUUCGGUUCUUUCUAUUUCAUCGCACACCACUGUAUCUAUGUAUGAAUUUAGGCUUAACCAAAUUUCAUAAUUGGUUCUAAACCCCAACCAUAAAAUAGUUAUUAAAAUUCCUCGAAUUUGUAAUUUAAAUUUUUUGAGCAACCCAUUCCCUGUGUCUUGGAAUUCGAAAUCUAUUCAUGACUAAUACUCCUACAUUGUGUUUUAAACAAAAAAUCAAAUACACCCGUCGACAAAAAGAACCCACACACCUCUUGUGACUAUAAAUUUUUACACUUCAAUUUAUUUAAUUUUCAUUAAAAAUAUAUUUGAAUUUUUAACAAGAGUCGUAUGGAAGAAAAUACACAAUAUCAUCAAUAAAACUUAUUUUUUAACAACCAGCAAUUUUUGAGUCACUUCAAACUUCCAAUUUUACUCUGGUUAAACAAAAUUUCCUUAAUUCAUACAAAGUUUGGCACUUUGAUUCAUAUGAAUGUGAAAAUUUAUAAUCUCAAGGGUGAAUUUUUUUUUGUCGACGUAGUGAUGGUAACUAUCAAAGGUCCAGUUUCUGACGAACUGAAUUAUUUGUCUUUUUAUCUAGCAGUUUAAAAGUGAGCAUAAUUUUUUUGUACUAAAUAGUUAUUUUGUAUAUACACUUUAGGCUCCAUGUAUUAAUGUUAUUGUUUUCCAUUGAGAUUCAAGGGGUUGUGACGCGCAAUAUAUAGCCUAUCCAAUCCAAGUGUCAACCUCUCCUACGCGCGGUGAAUCUUGUUAUAAAUAUAUGCGAGUAUAUAUAGCAGGCGAGGCUCUGGCGACCCCAACUUUUUGGCGGGGGAGAAAAUAGUUUAAAACAUCGUAAAAUUAUGACAAAGAAGAUCAAACAAAAUCCGCAUCCACACAACAUUAAUGACCGACUUUUCCUUUAACGUUUGCAAGAUUGGUUGGCAGCUGAAGUUUUAUUAAAGCUAUAAAAAUAUAUGUACGAGUAUGCUAACAAUAUUUUAAUGGAAUUGGGAGCAGCCCAGCACGUUUGGAAAUCCUCAGUGGCUACUUUUUCCGAAAUUCGGCAAUAAGUUUAUUUCUUCAGCUUUAGCGACCGAAGCUUUGCUUGAUCGGCAAUGUCGGAGAACUACACACAACAGAAAAAUUGUGGCCGUGAUUUAUGUGGUACUUUUUUAAACUGUGUAACAACGUGAAAAUAAAUAUAUGUAUAUCGCCCUACCUCAUUAAAAAGCCGUACUGCACGGAAAGUGGAGAGCACAAAAAGGAGAGAUGCAAGCGUUCAAGAGAUCUCUUAAUUGAGUUAUUCAACCUCUAACUGUGUCGAUUCAAUGAACUUGUUGUUGUAGCAGUAUAAACAUUCCCCAUACUUAAAUACGGGGAAUGCUGCUGGAGUGACAAUCCUUGGCCGGAUAUAAAUCCGAGUCGUUUCGGUAAGUUAGAAUCGACUGUCGUGGAAACGACGUUGCGAUCAACGUAAAACACAAAAACAAAACAAACCACUUGUGUACAACAACUGACAUACGAUAAAAGCAUAGAUAUACCUCCGUCCUAAUGGACGUCGACAAGACAGCCCAAACAUGCCUGACAACCUCCUCGAGCUUGUCGAACUGGUUCCUGUCCUAGCUGUCAGUGGUGGGGGACAAGACAACCGCACUGACGGGAUACGUCAGCAACUCAGACACCGCAAGGCAAACUGGAUGCAAAGCUCAAUUAUCUUGGGCAUCCUUACCACACUCCUAUGUAGCGUCGGGAUAUAUCUUCGCAAAUACAGCAGCGAGAACAACUUCAUCCAGAACAACGGCAACAGUGAUACCCGUACAAACGGAAGACGAACCCGUGGGAGGUCAAAGUUUUUAAUAGCAGGGCAAGACAUGCCACUUACCGUAAAGCAGGCCAUCGCAGAGGGGAUAUUGUCUCCAGCGAGUACCACGUCUACUACUCUUGCUCUGCCCCGGAACAUGGUAGACGCUCUUGAAGGUGUAGACCUCUUGAGGUGCAACACGUUUGCCAAAUAUGAAGCAGACAACCCGGAGCUAGCCACGUUGUGGAAGACAGCUAUGGACGUGAUAUACGGGACGUACCCAGUGACCCGAACCGCAUCCCGUCCGCAUCGGUGAUAUACGAGAAGGUCGCAAAAGAUAAAGUAGCGAACAACACCAACCCGUCUGCUGAGACAGUCUUAACUCCGGUGUUCCCAACUUCCGUCUCACUCUACCUCUGAGGCUUAUCAACGUUGCGAUUGGUCGUCUUAGUUGGCCUUGGCCGAUAGUUAGGCGCCGCCCUCUGUGAGGAUCUUUUAACGGAACACUGAUUUUGGAUACACAUUUCAAACACUAUUCAAGUUUUGGUUAAAUUUCAGAAGUACGUCAUCGAAAACUGAAAUAAAAACAAACUAAUCGAUUACUGAAAAAAUCAGCAGCAAACACAACUUCGGAUUUCGCCAAAGUCUCCAAGUGAUACAUACAUAAAUGCAACGUGUUGACAGCUCUAAGGUAACUUAACAUAUAAGUAUGCAGAUUGUUACAAAAUAGAAAUGUUUUCCUUAAGAAUAAGAAGUGUUUAAAGUAAAAAACAAAAAAAUUUUAACAUUUUGCUUCAAAAAGUGAUGAAACAAAUUUAUUAAAUAUGAGCAGCUCUGAGGAAAAUUACCGUAGCAUAAAUAUGUAGAUAACUACAGAUAAGAAUAUUUACCGGUUUUUAAUAAGAAGUACUUAAGAUAAUAAGAAAAAUCUACUCAAAAAUUGGAAUGAACCAUACCCUUUUUAUAUAUAUUACAAAGUUGAAAGACAACUUUUCUGACUAUUAAUUAACAUUUUAAUUAUUUAUACUUAUAUUUGUAUGCCAUAUUGUUACCAAAACGCAUCCACGCGAUAACCAGCAUUUUAUUCGAAUUUUCUUAUUUUUACAAACAUUAGAGCAUUAAACACAAAAAUAACGACUUAACGAGUUAAGAAAAAAAUUUAACACAAAUUUGCUUUUUUUAGUUUUGUAAUAUGUUUUGUUUGCGUUGUGGUAUGAAGUUUCAGAAAUGUUUGUUACGAGCUUUGUGCAUUUUGGUAACAUAUAGGCCACGAAAAGGCGACAAGGUAACCAGCGCCAAGGCGAAAAAUGCUAUACUCUUUUUAAGACACUUCUGAACAAUAUAUAUUUUUCUUGUUAUGGCAUAAACUUUCAAUGUACGCAGGAAAAAUGGCAUAAAAAUUGAAUAAUUUAUUUUAUUAUUAUUAUUUAAUUAUUCAUUUGAAAUUAGUGUUCUGAUGGCAUAUUAAUUUUUUUUUUUCAGUUUCAAAAAAUUAUCUUAAAAACCAUGUCAAUUUUAUGAAAUUUUAUUAUGUUUUUUAUCUAACAUAUUUUUAAAAAAUUUUAAUUAAACAAUGAAAUUUUAUUUACAGCAUUUGCUUACUAUGAGUAAUGCACACACAACUAAAGAAAGAUCAUAUCGCAACAAAUAACGAGUAUUUUUGCUUAGGAGUUCAAGUGUUUAUGAACUUUGAUGCACUAAAUAAGAAAAAAAUAAAUAAAAAUAAAAAUGAAAACUCGCGAAUGAAUAAAUGGGCUUUUCCCACUUUUAUAAACUAA